GAGCAUCCCCGCCGUCAGCCGCACCGUUACGUGAAGCGUAUAGAUGUUCUAGGCCAAAACACGAUGCAUGCAUAACAUUGACGGAGCCACCCAACUUUCAGGGCCAAGGCUGCCACACCCAUAUAUUCUUAAGCAGCUUUAGAGAAUUUGUCAUAAGGCAGCCUAACGCUCUCUGAAGACCCAGCGGUGCGGGUUGGUAAACAGUCAAAAAGAUGUCCACACAGGGCUCGCUGCCGUUAAUCGCGACACUUAGCGGUGUUUCGCUCCAUACCUUCUUAUACAGACUUGGGGAAUGGGAUACAACUUCCAUGCUGCUUGUGCAGAUUCAUACCUUGAUCUUUGUGGGUGGUAAUCUGGCACUUCACUUUAGCCUACUGAGAUGGAAUGGACUCGAACUAUCACCCGCGGCUUUCUCGAGUCUCUGUGGCUACCAUCUCUUAGGCGUCUACUGUAGCAUGCUCGUUUAUCGAUUAUUCUUCCACAGACUCCGCAGGUUCCCUGGUCCAUUCUUUGGCCGGCUGACAAACUUCUAUGCCACAACAUUAUCUAUAAAUCUACAAAAGCCCAUAGAAGUUCAAAAGCUUCACCGCAAGUAUGGCGACUAUAUCCGACUAGGACCUUGCGAACUAUCCAUUGCGGAUCCACAGGCAGUAAAAGCGAUAUAUGGUAGCCAGUCUCCAGUGACCAAAGGCCCCUGGUACACGUUAUUAGAACCACGCGUGCCUCUCUUCAUGGAGAGAGACAAGCAAAAGCAUGCACGCCGGCGAAAGGUUUGGGACCAGGGGUUUAACACUAAAGCACUCCACGAUUACGAGCCUAGAGUCUCAAAACACGUCGAGCAUCUUCUCCGAGUGAUUCAGAGCAAUUUGGGGAAGCCGAUAAAUAUCACCCAGUGGUUCAACUAUUUUUCCUUCGACGUCAUGACCGAUCUUGCCUUCGGCAAAACUUCUAACAUGCUGGUCGAUGGGAAAGAAUCCUACAUUCUACAGACCAUUCGCACAGACAUGUCCAGGGUUGCGUAUUUCAGCCACUUGGCUUGGCUUUUUCCUUUUACAAAACGAGUGCCGUUCUUGAAUAGCAAUUUCCUCCGCUUUUGGAAAUGGAUAGCUGACCAGAUCUCCGAGAGAGCCAAGUGCGAGCCCGAGCGACCCGACGUCUUUUCUUGGAUCCUUAAUGCUUAUCGCCAGGGACCACAGUCGUACCAAGACACCCUCGAUCUACACGGAGAUGCUCAUCUUAUCGUCGUGGCUGGAAGUGACACGGUAGCUUCAUCGCUCAGCAACGUGUUCUGCCACCUUGCUUGUAACCCAUCAAUCAUGAGAGAGCUUCAAUCUUGUCUAGACGCACUCCCCGAUCUAGAGUCUGACCGACUGGGCCAGAUCAGCUUGCUUGAUGCUAUCCUCAACGAGACAUGGCGGCUUCAGUCUCCUAACCCGUCUGGAUUUCAACGUGUCACGCCAUCGGAAGGCCUGGAGAUUGGCGAUAAGUUCAUACCUGGGAAUAUUAUUGUACAGGUCCCGACAUAUACUGUGUAUCGAGACAGCCGUGCAUUCGAGCGCCCGGAUGAAUUCAUUCCCGAACGAUGGACGAGUCAUCCGGAGCUUGUGAAGGAUCGUUCUGCCUUUAUUCCGUUCAGCUCAGGACCCUACGCAUGUGUCGGGAAACGACUCGCCUUGAUGGAACUGCGAUGUGUCGUCGCCAUGAUACUCCAUGAUUACGAUAUUGCCUUAGCACCAGGGCAGUCGGCCAAGGCCUUCUGGGAGGGCCAGCUGGAUACUUUUACGCUGGUGGCACCUUCGUUGCAGCUGAUAUUCACGAAGAGGAAUCAGGAUUGCAUCAGCUAGAGUUAGCUCUGGUAUACUGCAUGAAUAUGCCCUCGUCUAGAAUGUGUAGUGUAAUUGCGGGCAAUAGGGACAAUCCUGAUGGCCUUUGAUACAGUAAUAAGCACAUGGGAAGCCUCCUGGACCGAGUUGGGCUGGUUAGCAGAGGCGAGGUAUUUCAUUCCAACAAUGGCACGGCUGAUUUUGAUCCAACAAACAUAGAAGAGAAUCUCGCAACGCUAAACUGCUUGUAGGCUAGUUGAUAGACACUUGGUGGGGGAUCGACAAUGUCCACAGACAACAAAUAAGGAGGCGGGACUCGACAGAGCUGCCCUGCAUAUGAACUCUGCUGUGGACACCCUCCCACCUCCCUUUUAAUCAUUAGCUAAGCCCAUGACCGCUAUAAAGUCUCUAAUCAAAUACUAGUGACAUGUUUUCGCUUACCAAGCCCCAUAUCAAUGUUGGUACGAUUGGUUAUGCUGAUCAUGGCAAGACAACCCUGACGGCUGCCAUCACCGCCAAGUUCGGCUCGACCCCCGUAGCUAACGACCAUACUGACAACAGUCUUGAGACG